AUGACCACACAUAAUCCAACGGUAUUACCUUUCUUAGACGACGGCGAAGGGGAAGGACAAGAAGUGCAAUCAAGACGGAUUCCGAUUAUUGGCUUCUUUGCCAGUAUUGGAAAUAAUGUAAACGCAAUGGUCGGCAGUGGGAUUUUCUCCACUCCGGGUGUUGUGUGGCGGUUAACCGCGUCAUCAGGAGCAACCUUUUGGUUGUUCCUGAUGGGCGCUGUUAUCUCCAUGUGCGGAUCUUUAAUAUAUGCUGAGGCAAGUAUUGGUCCUUAUGUUAAAGAGACGUUUUGGGAAAAGGCGUACUUAGAAAAGGCCUUCCCAGAACCACGCAGGCUACUAAGUUAUUUGUUUAGCAUCGCGAUGAUUACAAUAAUUCGACCAGGCGCUAUAGUAGCUGUAUCAAACAUAGUAGCGCAGUACUUUUUGUUUGCAACACUUGGAAUUAAAAAUUCAGAAGAAAGCGAUUAUCAUCCAACUUAUUUCACAGACUGGAAAUUUUGGAGACUUCGUUUAAUAUCAGUAUUAGCCGUGCUCAUUGCCACCACCUAUCAUAUUUACUCAAACACCAUCGCGCACAGAAUUAAUCAGACGGUGUCGAUAGUGAAACUGUUAAUUUUAACGGCUGUCACAAUAAUGGGAAUUAUGGUACUCUCGCGUAACACUUCUAACUGGGAUGGUGCUUUUGAAACUACUCAACCAGAAAACAACAAGGUCACAGCAUCGGAUUAUGGAUCUGCUAUCUUUUUUGUUUUAUUCUGUUAUGAAGGCUGGAAUAAUAUCAAUUACCAGUUGGAUGAGGUCCGAAAUGUCCGGAAAAAUCUCGUCCGGACUGGUGUUCUUUCUGUUGCUGCAUUGCUUUUACUUCAAUUAGAUCUGUUAGUGAUAGUGUCUUACGUAAGUGUCGUCCCACGUUCAUAUAUACUUAACGGUCACUCCUUUGGUCAAAACGAAACUUUAGCAAGCUCAACAACCUCAAAUCCAAACGAAGUAAUCGUAACUCUAUUUGCGACGUUCUUCAAGAACGCUAGCACAAAUGUAAUGAUUGAUGGAACAAUUCCAUUAUAUGAGCUCAUCCAAGCUGAUAAUUCCCAUGAUAAGCUCGCAAGAGCUUUUUCAGUAUGCGUGGUUGUUUCUUCGUUUGGUGCUAUGACUGCAUUGAUAUGGUCUGGCGUUAGAGUUAUUGUUGCGUCUGCACAGUCAGACUAUAUUCCACGCGUUUCGGGAUUACUCAAACAACGGCAUGAAGCGCGGCGAACUUAUACGAAUGCCUUUGUUGCACAACUUCUUUGGUGUACAGUUAUUAUUAUUCUGGCACCAACUACGGACCCUUUUUCAUUUUUAGUUUCGUUAUCGCAAUACACAAUUUUGAUCGCGUAUGGCGCUGCAUCGAUCGGACUUCUGCAUCUGCGACACACUGAACCAAACCUAAAGCGACCAUUUAUCCCAAAACCAAUUGUUUACUUCUUCCUUUUCAUGAUCGCUCUAAUAUUAAUCGUGCCAUUCACCAAAGAUCCGAGCGAGUUACCUUAUGUUAUUUCUUUAUGUGUGAUUGGUUUGGCUGUUAGUGCGUGGUACUGGAAAUAUUAUGCAUUGAGUCAACGUCCACCAUCUCUUGAACCUGCAAGUUCAAUUUCGGUUGAACCUUCAACAUCAUCAUUUGAGAUCCAGGGAG